ACGAUGUAACGAACUGUUGGUGAAUUCUAGUGUAUGCGAUCGAUCCAUUUCUCAGGAGGGUGCGCAAACCUUUGAAUGACUUUCCCAUUUUGUGGGUUCGUUUUCAACUCGUCCGACGUGAGGACGAGACAAAUGCCUGUCGCGUCGGAAGACUGGGUGCCGCACCCGGCUAACAUAACCAGUUCUAUUACCACCGUCAAAGGUGCUACUAUUCAAAGCACGACUACAGCUUGGAUGUCGCCGUAUAGCCGAGCAUCACCUUCCGAACGUCCAUCUUCGAACAACAACAAUAACAAUCAUCACAACCACCACCACCAUCAUCACCACCAUCACCACCACCAUCAUCAUCACAACAACAACAACAACAAUAAUCAUAACAAUAACAAUGGCGUUGUUAUACUCGAAGGCUGCAGGCCGCCCGCUGCCACCACGGCCAGAAGAUUUCUCAGGUGGUUUAGCAGACUCGGACAACCACCGAUGGGAAAGUCAGGGGUGCUGGAGAUGGCGGCCACGGAGAGCACGAUUCGAUUCAGCGGCCAUACGUUGGACAAGGCUACUAAGGCCAAGGUAACGUUGGAAAAUUACUACAGUAAUUUGAUAGCCCAACAUAUCGAGCGAAAGCAGAGGCUCGCGAAAUUAGAGGAAUCACUGAAAGACGAAGGGCUUUCGGAACAACAGAAACAAGAGAAACGGUUGCAACAUGCCCAGAAAGAGACCGAAUUCCUUCGGCUAAAGCGUUCCCGUCUCGGUGUCGAAGACUUUGAGCCUCUCAAAGUAAUCGGCAGGGGCGCUUUUGGAGAGGUGAGACUCGUUCAGAAGAAGGACACCGGGCACGUGUACGCGAUGAAAAUUCUGAGGAAAGCCGAUAUGUUGGAGAAAGAGCAAGUUGCGCACGUCCGGGCCGAAAGAGAUGUUCUGGUGGAAGCGGAUCAUCAGUGGGUCGUGAAAAUGUACUACAGCUUUCAAGAUCCUAUAAAUCUCUAUUUAAUAAUGGAGUUUCUUCCUGGCGGUGAUAUGAUGACGCUGCUAAUGAAGAAAGAUACGCUUUCCGAAGAAUGCACGCAGUUUUACAUUUCUGAGACGGCGUUGGCGAUCGACUCCAUUCAUAAGCUGGGUUUCAUUCACAGAGAUAUAAAACCGGACAAUUUGUUACUGGAUGCACGGGGUCAUAUAAAGCUCUCGGAUUUUGGGCUGUGCACGGGUCUGAAGAAAUCUCAUAGAACCGAUUUCUAUAGGGAUCUUAGUCAGGCGAAACCUUCGGAUUUUAUGACGUCCUGUGGUAGCGGUAGCGGUGGGGCGAUGGAUAGCAAAAGAAGAGCCGAAAGCUGGAAAAGAAACAGGAGAGCACUGGCUUAUAGUACAGUAGGAACGCCUGAUUAUAUAGCCCCGGAAGUAUUUCUGCAAACCGGCUAUGGACCAGCCUGCGACUGUUGGUCCUUGGGCGUGAUCAUGUACGAGAUGCUCAUUGGAUAUCCUCCAUUCUGCAGCGAAAAUCCACAAGAGACCUACAGAAAAGUUAUGAAUUGGAGGGAGACUUUGGUAUUUCCGCCGGAAGUGCCUAUUAGCGAGGAAGCUAAGGAUACUAUAAUUAGAUUCUGUUGCGAGGCUGACAGAAGAUUAGGUGCUCAACGAGGUAUCGAAGAGCUGAAAUUGGCACCUUUCUUUCGCGGUGUCGAUUGGGAGCACAUCAGGGAGAGACCGGCGGCAAUUCCGGUCGAAGUACGCUCUAUCGACGACACCUCCAACUUUGACGAAUUUCCCGACGUAAAGUUGGAAAUACCAUCCGCCCCGAUGCCUCAAGACGGAGAAGUAAUAUACAAGGACUGGGUAUUUAUAAAUUACACGUUCAAGCGAUUCGAAGGAUUAACGCAACGGGGUACACCGACCAAGAAAUAGCAACACCCUACCUCUUGUUCGGUUCCAACCGGCAGUCAACAAUCUGACGCAACUGGUAUUCCGGCCUUGGUACAUCACCCACACCCUCCUUUGUCAUCGACGACAUCCCGGAUGGAUGGCUGAUCCGUUCCAUUUUUCUUCUUUUUUCCAUACGGCCCAGUCUAUCAUUGAGGGUGAAACAUCCUUGUGUGUAUAUAUAUGUAUACGUUGUGCGACGAUCGCGACGCGUCUACGUACAUACUAAUAAACGCAAGAGAAGAAGAAGAGGAGAGAAUGACGAACGCGACUGAACGGCGUAGAGGUCGACGUAGAGAAUGUCGCGUCGUUAUUUGUGAAAACACGAAGAAUGAAGUGAUCAAGAUUUCGAAAACGAGCGAGUGUGAAAAUUGAUGCACAUGUGAUAAGGAAGAACCGAAAUAUUUAGUGCACCACGUAAUAAUUCGCGGCGGUCUUCUGCUACGAAAGACUAUGAAAGUUUUCUUUCCGAUUUGCUCUCGGCAUUGUUUCCAUCCGACCUUUGACACGCAGCAUAAUAAGCUCUCUGUAGUGAUAAUAUUAAUGGGAAAACAAAGAUGGAGCCUCGGUCUCAUGAUUCUCGCAGUGCAUACAAUUUUGACGUGGAAUAAUAAUUUCGUUCGAUGCGUUCUUUUCUCCUUUUAACGAAAUACUGGCCCGGCUCUCCUUUUAGCUCUCUUUUCGAUGUUGUAUUUAUAGCUAGUACUGUGAUAUGAAAUUGUUUGAAAGUUUUGUAUACAAAUUGCUGUUUUGUCUGUUAACAAAUACUGAUCUUUACGAACGUUGCAUUCUACUCGAUUGUCCCUAGGUUUUCCCUAAACAUUUAGAAAUUUUAAUUGUUAAUGUGAAACACGUAUUUUAUAUUAUAUAUUUUUCGAGAGCUUUUGCCCGGAUUUGUUGUGCCACGCGAACUUACGCGAAGAAUGAUGAUCUACAAAUUAUUUCUCCGAAAUGGGUCGCGUAUUAUUCGAUUCUUCUUAAUUUUCCAUUUUUCACGUUCUCGAUCGCAUCUCACGCAAAUGGUAUUCCGACAUUUCGCGGAGCGUUAAACUAACGUUUUAAAAUUCUUUAUUUACGCAUAUUGACGGUCCGCUUGAAACGCUAUAAUUAGGAGAAAUCCUACUGCGGAAUAAGCUUUGUGGCGCGAGCCAUUGCGUAACAUUUACGCUUUGCGACUUUCUGUACCGACAUAUGAUGUAUCGUUAAAUAAAAAUAUUAUUCCAAGGAAUCGAUAUGGCAAAGAAACGAUUGAGACGCGUACAAGGAGAAUCAUACAGGCACCGGGUCUCUUUCUUACAGAUCAUUUCUUCAAAGUGUUUCCGUUCGUGUCUGAAUAUUGUGAAUAUCGCAUAGUAACGAACGCGAAGCUGACAAAGGACUCACUCGUAAGAUUUAGGGCUCAUUCGUUGCCUUAUCAAGGUUCCUAACGCGUUCCAACCGUGCAGCCCAAUUCAUCACGAAUAAAGAAGGAAAACAAUAUUUCCAAAUCUGGAUAAAACAUAUGUAGUCGUAAUAUUGAAGAAAAGAAAAUUAUCGACAAUUUGUCGAUGCGAUCGACACCAGUUCAUCUUUGGUACACACAUAUAAUUUUUAUAGCGAUUUCACUGAAAAAUAGAUUUCAAUUUAAAACGGACGCAUGUGUCUACGCCUCCUGGGUUUGAAAAUGUCUGGUAGUCGAAUUAUUUUAUCAAAUUGUCUGUUCAAACGUUUCGAUCCGAUUUGAUUUAUUUCGUUUCGUUUCGUUUCGAGUAACGCAUACGGUUGCUUCAAGAGAAUCGUUUCAACGAAUACUUAACACCAAUUGGAUCGCGAGAAAUUUCCUACAUGCACGAAAGGAUAAGUAGUGCACCGGCAUCUUGUCUUGCAUAUUCUGCCGAACGAUAUAGUUUUAUUUGGAAUAUAGCACCGCGAACAAUAUAGCGUUUACAUCUUGUAGUUUGCCGACAGCCAGGGCACCAUGGUAGUAAUAGUACUAAUUAUAAAAGAUGCUAGAUAACAUAUAAGAUCGCGU